AUGGACGGGUGUUCGGGUAGUGGUGAGCAGCUAGGCACGGCUUUGCAACAACCCAGCCAGUCCAUGCCGCGGGUGAGUUCUCUACAGUCGCUAGAUGCUUCUACAAAUUCAUUUGGAGAUAAUGAAGUAGCUGAACCAGCGCAUCCUCCAGUACAAUUCUUUUUAAAAGCAACCCCGCCGGAAAGCAGAACCAAGAAGCGUGCGCAUGUUAUCAAUAGCAAUACCCCUUCUCCAAGCACACGCGAAUCUCCACGAUCUCCAAAGAAAAAGCUCCAGAAGCAGGCGUCGCCAAAGCAGUAUUUCUCGAAAAAGAAUAAUAACUCGUUUCCACAAGCAAGCGGCAGUCAGUUCGAUUACGGACAAUGCACACCGGAACCUCCAAGAGAGGAAGCUAUGCCGAAAUUUUCGACGCCCAAAUGGGAUCCGACGGCUACACCCACACGAAGCACCCUCCGGAAGACCCCUCGGACAGCGGAGAGUACGGCCUCUGGUCGGCGGCUAUCUUGGCGUGAAAUUUCCGUCUACUAUUUCGACCGUGCACAGGGAUUUGAAACGGUACCACACGAAGGCGAGCUGGCUUUAGGCAUGCAAGAUCAGCAUCACACUGAACGUUCGUUUAAACUCAACAGCAAGGGACAACCUUUUAUCGGAAUCGAUGAUGACACGGGCGAUCUCUCUUCUGGGGAAGAAGAGCCGAUGGCUGUCGAGAAGCACUCGGCUCGUCACAUUCACAACAUGUCUCGACAACAAAUUGCGAAGGUGUUGAAACGAGCCGGUGUCGUUGUUGUGAGGAGCGGAGAGAAUGAACUCGAGCAACUGAGGAUAAGCCGUCGAUCGGCCGGCUGCGGUUGCCCGGAUGGAAUCUGUUUGCCGGAGACUUGCCAAUGUGCGCGGGAUGGAAUAAAAUGUCAAUGGGAUGGACAUGGCCAGACUUACGGUCCCUGCAGCUGCGUCGAUGAAUUCUGUUGUGAAAAUCCUCUCGGUCGCGUUGAAUACAAUCAGGAAAAAGUCGCCGCGCAUCACGUGGAGACGAGGCAGCGAUGGAGGGAUUAUACGCGGACAGGAAUUUACAAAGCACCAACGCGCAUUCGUCUGGAUAGCGGGGAGGCUAAUUCAACGUAUUGCGAUACGCCGCCGGCGAGCUGCAGUCGAGCUGAGGCUCCCGUGCCCGUCCCGCAACCUCUGGAUGUUGUCCUACCCACCACCGCCCCAGCCUCGACCCCGAAGCUUCCCCCUUCGCCUCGAAAAACGUUCGCUAAGACACCGCUGACCCCUACCCGUCGUCAACCCGUCCGUGCCACUUCUUUAUCCCGUCUUCCCACACCGACUAAGCCCGUAGAGCUCGACGACAUCCCAUUAAAGCAGAGGCUACGCCGCUCGAAUUCCGCAAAUGCCCUCGAGAAAAUGGAAGCUGAACCAAAGACGCCCAGGAUGCGUCGCUCUUCCUCGCUGCCCCGUGUCCAGCCUUCCUUCACAUCUCUACCACCCGCCACCAGCAUUGAUGCGGCCAGUGGAUCUGCCCUAUUUGUGAAGCCGUUAAUGGGCACGCCGACGGCUCCGCGGCUACCGUUAAAUCGGGUCUCCUCUGCGGCUCGUCUAAGGCCGCAAAUUCACACCACACCCUCGUAUCAACAGAUUCAAGCCGGUCAAGUUGAAGAGAUCAAUCGUGCCAAUAUUCCAUCACCGCCCGCGGUUUGCAUCAGCCCGGAUGAAGAUUCUAGUAGGCCAAUGCCAUUGCCACGAUUUCCCGUGACCCCGGUCUACCAACGCUUAAAGCCAAGCCUGUUAAAAUCUGCCGCGUCGACUGUUCAGCUGCAACCAUUUCUUCCGGAUAAUAAUAGCCAGGCCAGGCUCACUCCAUCCCGCUCAAGUGCCUGCUUGCGUCCACUCGCCACGAUCGCCCGACCAUUUAUUGGAUCUCCCAGGGGUUUGACGCCCUCAAAAUCAACCCUACAACUUCCACGCCGUGUAUUGCCGCGAACCGAUGAUGAAAACAAGGAAAUGGCUUUUGACAACAAUUGGUCAAAAGGUCCACCAUCGCCUCGAAAAUUCCCGAAAACAGAUUCAUUUCUG